GGCGGCCGGCCGUGGGUCUAUUUAUAUAGAGAAGAAAUCCCAGGAGACCGUCGUCCGCCGCCUCCUCUCUCCGCACAGGCUCACCAAACGACGAACACUCUCCCUCGACCCGUGACCGUGAGCAAGCGGGUGGCGACGGCGCGCGGCCGGCCAUGGUGAGCGAGAGCAACCGCGGCGGUGCGGACCGGACGACGGCGGCGGGGGAGGAGCGCGGGCAGCUGCUGUUCGACGUGCCGGAGAUCAGGUUCACCAAGCUCUUCAUCAACGGAUCCUUCGUCGACGCCGUCUCAGGCCGGACGUUCGAGACGAGGGACCCGCGCACGGGGGGCGUCAUCGCCAGCGUGGCAGAAGCUGACAAAGAAGACGUGGACUUGGCAGUGAGGGCAGCCAGGGCCGCUUUCGACCACGGCGAGUGGCCACGCAUGUCUGGAUCCGAACGGGGGCGGAUCAUGGCGAGGCUGGCCGACCUGGUGGAGGAGCGCGCGGACGAGCUGGCGGCCCUGGAGAGCCUGGACGCCGGCAAGCACCCGGCCGUGACCCGGGCGGUGGACGUCGGCAACGCCGCCGGCAGCCUGCGCUACUUCGCCGGCGCGGCCGACAAGAUCCACGGCGAGACGCUCAAGAUGCCGGGCCAGUUCCAGGGCCACACCCUGCGCGAGCCGCUCGGCGUCGCCGGCGUCAUCAUCCCCUGGAACUUCCCGUCCACCAUGUUCGCCGUCAAGGUGGCGCCGGCGCUGGCCGCCGGCUGCGCCCUGGUCGUCAAGCCCGCCGAGCAGACGCCGCUCAGCGCCCUGUACCUCGCGCAGCUCGCCAAGCAGGCAGGGGUCCCAGACGGCGUGAUCAACGUCGUGCCAGGCUUCGGCCCGACGGCAGGAGCCGCGCUGGCGUCUCACAUGGACGUUGACAUGGUGAGUUUCACCGGAUCCACGGAGGUCGGGCGCCUCAUAAUGAAGGCCUCCGCGGAGAGCAACCUGAAGCCCGUCUACCUGGAGCUGGGCGGCAAGUCCCCGCUCAUCGUCUUCGACGACGCCGACCUCGACAUGGCCGUGGAGCUCGCCGUCGGCGCCAGCUUCUUCAACAAGGGAGAGGCCUGCGUCGCCGCGAGCCGCGUCUACGUGCAGGAACGCGUCUACGACAGGUUCGAGGAGAGGUUGGCGGAGAGGAUGAGGAGCUGGGUCGUGGGCGACCCGUUCAGCGACCCUAGCGCCGACCAGGGCCCGCAGGUGGACAAGGCUCAGUAUGAGAGGGUUCUGAGCUACAUUGACCAUGGCAAGCGAGAAGGGGCCACUCUUCUGACUGGAGGAAGGCCAUGCGGUCCGGAAGGGAAAGGCUACUACAUUGAGCCCACAGUUUUCACCAACGUCAAGGAGGACAUGAUCAUAGCGAAGGAGGAGAUCUUCGGACCCGUCAUGUGCCUGAUGAAGUUCAAGACGGUGGAGGAGGCGAUCGCGAGGGCGAACGACACGCGGUACGGGCUGGGGGCGGGGGUGGUGACGCGGGACCUGGACGUGGCGAACCGGGUGGUGAGGUCGGUGCGCGCCGGGGUGGUGUGGGUGAACUGCUACUUCGCCAUGGGCAGCGACUGCCCCUUCGGCGGCCGCAAGAUGAGCGGCUUCGGCAAGGACGAGGGCAUGCACGCGCUCGACAAGUACCUGGCCGUCAAGUCCGUCGUCACCCCGCUCCGCGCCUCGCCCUGGAUCUGAUUCUCUUUAAUUUCUGGUGUCAGUCACCCACCCACAACACAUAUACAGCAGUGGUCAAAAGAUAUUUAUUUAUUGAUAAUAAAGUAGCUAGCUAUAUUGUGCGGAAA